AUGAGAAAAUUACUAAAAACUGUGCAAAAAUUUUUAUACAUUGUUAUAUUACUAAGAUUUAUUCAAGCAACGACGCCACCACCAGCAUCAACAACAGGUGAGAUAGCAAUAGCAAUACCUUCUUUUGCUGAACCUGGUCUGGGAAUAUUUUAUAGAUGUAUCUAUGGCGCAUGGCUAUGCUUAUUUAUCUUCAUUGUAAUGAUGCGCAGAGGAUUUAUAACUGCUAUUCAAAAACAGGUAGUCAUUUUCCAAGGGAUUUUUUUUGGUGUAGAUGUUACAAUUUACACAAUAGGAUAUGCGCAUUUCGCAAAUAUAGCAUGGAUUAUAUCGUUUAUUGCUUCACCAGCGUGCACAGUCUUAAGUAUCAAUGAUAGGCUUUUUAAAACAUUUAUAGCCCUAAUAAAUGCAUUUGGGAUUUCAUAUUUAACAGCUAUAAUAGUAAAAAUAGCAAGUAUAAUAAAAAUUGGAGUAUUUGCUGCGAUAGUGUAUCUUAUAUUGAUUGUAUUGAUAAGUGGUUCAGAAAAAUUACAAAUAUGCUUAUCCAAGAUAUUUACAGUUACUAUAUCAGUUGUAACACUAAUUCAAUUAUCAGGUCUUAUAAAUAUCUUUUAUGGUUUACACGGUGGAAAUGAAAGUAUAGGACUUAAAAUAUUACAUUAUGGCCUAGCAUUGAUUGUUUUAUUACUAGUAGCGACUUAUUUUAUUAGUAUUACUUAUUUUUCAAGUUGGGCAGAUAAAAAAGUGGAGGAAGUAGUUGCUAUAAAAAAUAAUGUAUUGGGGGGAGAAGAAACAACACAAUCUUAA